AUGCAAAAUAUCACAAUAUACUCACUAUAUGUAGUGUUGUGGCUUGACCUGGCAAAUGCAUUCGGUUCCAUUCCACACGAGCUGGUUCAGCUCACCUUGAGAAAACAUCAUGUACCCAGCAGGUGUAGAGACCUCAUCGCUGAUUAUUACAGCAAUUUCAGGAUGAUGGUCUCUUCAGGAGCAAUAACAUCCAGUUGGCACAAGGUGAAGAUCGGUAUCAUCACAGGGUGUACUAUCUCUGUGACAUUGUUCUCCCUAGCCAUGAACAUGCUCACUAAGUCUGCUGAGCCAGAGUGCAGAGGGACCCGCACGAAUUCCGGACAACGGCAACCACCCAUCAGGGCAUUCAUGGAUGACCUCACAGUCAUGACAGAAUCCGUCCCAGGCUGCCGGUGGAUUCUGAAGGGACUUGAGAAGCUGGUGGAGUGGGCCCGGAUGCGUUUCAAACCCGCCAAAUCCAGAUCAAUGGCGCGGAGGAAAGGGAAGGUGGAGGACAAGUUCCGUUUUAACAUCACAGGCACAGCCAUUCCAACUAUCACAGAGAAGCCAGUCAAGAGCUUGGGCAAGGUUUUUGACUGCUCUCUGAGAGACACAACAUCUAUCCAGUCGACCUGCACUGAGUUGGAUGGCUGGCUGAAAUCUGUGGACAAGUCAGGCCUACCUGGGAAGUUUAAAGCCUGGGUCUACCAACAUGGCAUUCUUCCCAGGAUCCUGUGGCCCCUCCUUGUCUAUGCGGUCCCUAUCUCAACAGUUGAGACCUUGGAGAGGAAAGUCAGCCAACACCUCCGGAGAUGGCUUGGAUUACCAAGGAGCCUGAGCAGUAUUGCACUCUACGGGAACACCAACAAACUGCGACUGCCUUUCAAAUCCUUGGAGGAGGAAUUCAAGGUAACUAGAGCCAGAGAAGUGGUUCAGUACAGGGACUCAAGCGAUCCGAAGGUGGCUAAAGCAGGGAUCCAAGUGAGGACUGGCAGGAAAUGGAGUGCAGAGGAAGCAGUUCAAGAGGCAGAUGCAAGGCUGCGUCACAGGAGCCUGGUGGGAGUGGUCACACGAGGUCGAGCAGGGCUAGGAUCCUUUCCAACUCCCCAAAUGAACACCAGGGGGAAGGAAGGGUGACGACUUGUUCAGGCGGGGGUGAGAGCAGCAGUGGAGGAGACGAGAACCUGCAAGGCAGUGGGAAUGAAGCAACAGGGAGCUUGGACGAGAUGGGAGAAUGCGGUUGAAAGGAAAGUGACCUGGGCUGAGCUUUGGAAAGCCGAGCCUCACCGCAUCAAAUUCCUCAUCCAGGCAGUGUAUGAUGUGCUUCCAAGCCCGUCAAAUCUGCACAUAUGGGGCAUAGCAGAGACACCAACAUGCCCACUGUGUUCCAAGCGAGGAACCCUGGAACACAUCCUCAGUUGCUGUACAAGUGCACUUGGAGAUGGUUGGUACAGGUGGAGGCAUGACCAAGUCCUCAAGACCAUUGCUGAAGCUAUCAGCGCAGGACUGGCAUGGGCAAAGCAGUUCCGACCCUCCAAGAAAACCAUCGCCUUUGUCAGAGCUGGGGACAAGCCAACUCCUGCCAGAAGAACAUCAUCUGCAGGCAUCCUGAUGUCUGCAAGAGACUGGCAGUUGUUGGUGGACCUUGAACAUCAGCUGAAGUUCCCCAGCCAUAUUGCAGUCACCACCCUGCGACCAGACAUUGUCCUUGUGUCUGAGUCCACCAAGCAAGCAGUGCUGCUGGAGCUGACAGUCCUGUGGGAAGAUCGCUUGGAAGAAGCCUUUGAGAGGAAGCUCUCCAAGUACACAGGACUGGUCAGUGACUGCCAGCAGGCUGGCUGGAGAGCACGGUGUUUCCCUGUGGAGGUUGGAUGCAGAGGAUUUGCAGCCCGUUCCUUGGCCAGAGCCUUCAGUAGUUUAAGCAUCGAGGUUAAGUGAAAGAGGAGAGCCAUCCGCAGUACCACCGAUGCGGCAGAGAGAGCCUCAAGAUGGCUGUGGCUCAAAAGAGGGGAGCCAUGGAGUCAUGGUAGCUAG